AUGGGCUCGACGAACGGCAUCUACCCCGCGGAUUUGGCCGUAUACUUAGUCCUUCUUCCCAUUGUGAUCUAUGUUUUCUACUGCCACAGAUAUCUCAGCUCACUACCAUGGUAUUACAUGACCAUUUUCUGUUUGGCUCGAAUUGUAGGUGGUGGGAUGGGUGUCAAGGAUAGCUCCAGUGAGGCUGCUGGUAUCAUCCAGAGUGUUGCUAUUACACCUUUGGUUCUGGGAUUGGAUGGUUUGACCCAUGAAGCUCGUUCAUUCCGCUUCCCCGGUUACCACAAGAAACUCGGUAUGGCCAUGAUCGUCGGCACAUCUGUUGCCAUGAUUGCUGCUAUUGCUAUGUCUAUCACUGGAGCGCUGCACGUCUACGCUGGUAAGACUGGCGCAACUUGGGUCGAUCUUUGGAAGGCUGGAUCUGCCGUUACUGUUGCUGUGUGGGGAAUUCAAGGAAUCUGGCUCUUCUACACCUUCAUCUCUCGUGCCGGAAAGACCACCGGUCCUAACAUUCGCUACACCAAUGUGAUGCUGGGUUGUGGUUUCAUCGCAUUCAUCUUUAUCGGUGUCCGUGUCAUCUACACCCUCGUUGCCGUUGUCACUGAGGAGAAGAAGCUGAGCCCUAUCGAGGGUACCAUCGCCGUACGCAUCGUUCUGAUGUUCCUCCCCGAAGCUAUCUCCACCAUCGCCAUCGUCACAUCUGGUUACCUCACCAGGCAUAUGCAGGAGGAGGAGAAGGAUAUCGCUCUCCAAUAA